AUGUACCGAAUGUCUCAACUGAUGUCAACACCAGUCGCAAGUUCUUCCUGGUUGGAGAGAGAACAUGCUAGAGAGCUGUCUCCCAUGUGCAUUUUUCCAAGUUUUGCCUGUGAUUUCUUAGACGGCGACAGUUCCUUAGAAUGCUGCUCCAUCGACCCUGUGACAGGCGCCCAUUGUCCUUGUCGCCGAAGUUCCAGACUCCUCACCAAUGGCUACUACAUUUGGACAGAAGACAGUUUCCUCUAUGACAAAGAUGGCCACAUAAGUCUGAACCCAUCCCAGACCAGUGUGAUAUACAAGGAGAACUUGGUCAGUGCCUCUGAAUCCUGGCUGCAUGGAGGUAUCCUUGGUGCUGUUGACUCUUCUCCAAGUGAGGACCGCGGGCUAGAGGGGCUCAGGAGGCUGGGUAUGCACCACUGCAACGAAAGCGGAGGUGAUUUUGACUCUACUUCUCUCACUGAUGACUGGGAGUCAGAGAAGCUGAAUGCAGAAUCUACAAAAGCCUCCUUUUCCGACCACAUCACAUCUCAGCCUCCCAGAGAAGACUCCCGUGACUCCUGUCUUCAGUUCCAGUUAAUGGUGUCUAAACAUUUCCGAGGGAACAUUUGGGAUCAUUCAAAAACCAGUUUAUUACGAGAGGUCUCCUGUCAGGCAAUCCUGCUUGUUGCCUGCUUAAUCAUUUCUUCAUGUGUAAGAUGGUUCAUGGGAGGAGUAUUAGCCGGUGUCUUCACAUGCUCAUUGAUGAUAACCAUAGCUUAUGUUGUCAAAUCACUGAUUCUCCACCUGGCCAGUUAUGUCGAAGACACCGCCUGUGCUCAGUAA